AUGGGGAUGGGAGAUGGAGAAAUUUUUGUCCAUGUGCAUGGUGUAAAGCUGUUGGAUGGAAAAACUUCAUAUCUAGCACUCAUUGGCGUUUUGGUAUACACUGGAUCAUUCUCACUAGGGAUGGGUGGGAUCCCUUGGGUCAUUAUGUCAGAGGUAUUUCCUAUAGAUAUAAAAGGAUCAGCAGGAAGUCUUGUAACUGUUAUUAGUUGGGUUGGAUCAUGGAUUAUUUCAUUUGCAUUCAACUUCCUAAUGAAUUGGAGUCCUUCAGAAACAUUUUAUGGUUUUGCUACAGUUUGUGGGGCCACUGUUAUUUUUGUAGCAAAACUCGUACCAGAAACAAAAGGUCGAACACUUGAGGAUAUUCAAUCAUCGAUUGGUAUGUGA